AUGCCAAACACCGGUGAAGUGCAGCUGGCCUGCCCUCGCUGCAGGCGUCAAUUCUCGCGCGGCGAACAUCUGACUCGCCAUUUACGCUCUCACGCGAAUGAACGCCCAUACCAAUGCGGCUCUUGUGGAAAAGCGUUCAACCGAUGCGAUCUGCUCAAUAGACAUAGGAGGACGAACUGCCUGACAGUCACCAGGGACAGGGCCAAACACCCUCGCAGCCGUGGUCGUUCAGCCUGUGACAGUUGCGCAAAAGCAAAGCUCCGUUGCUCCAGCUCUGUCCCAUGCGGCCGGUGCCUGAAGAAGGGCAUUCCGUGUGAGAAAAAAAAUUUGGAGAGGUCGAGUAAUCUGACGGAGGCCGCAGAGGCGUUGCCGGAAAACGCUCCGUAUCCUCAACCUACCUCGAGCCAUCAGCAGCAGCAGCAGCAGCAGCAGCAGCAGCAAUAUACUGAUGAUCGCGAUGUCAUUCCGGAUUUUUUCAGCUUUUCAGCCCCCCAGCUCCCAGCUAUACCAGCGCUUCGUAUGGACUUCCUGGACCUCCCAACCUUUCCGGCAAAUACAGGCAAUAUUGGCCUGCAGAGUAUCUCGGAGGAAAAGAGUGGCAUUGUGGGACAAGUGGACGGAGAUGACUUUGCGAAUUAUCCUCUCCGAAUUGAGGAGGGCCUACCGGGUCUUGACUUACCUAGCACUUCAGACUCCUGGAACAAGUAUAAAAGUUCUGGCAUGAUUCAGACAAAUCUCUGGAAUAAAACUCGCCCACGGGGGUUGAUGCAGCCUCAAGAGAAUCCUGAUAGUGUGUGGGAUACCUUGAGAGGUUCACAGGAGAUUGAAAGGUCUUUGCUGAAUCUACUUAGCUUGGAGGAUAUUCUAGCAAUGGAGGACCACGGCCAUGUUGCCACAGUCGGACAAGAACAAAUGGACGAGUUGGCUUCAUUCAUGGCGAUGAAUCAGGACCGGCGCACCCUUUCCUGCCCUCCGCAUUACAGAGAGCUAUUGAAUAAGGCAGAGGUUAUCAACGCCUUCGUUCAGCUUUACUUUGAACAUUUCCAUCCCACAUUCCCGUUUCUUCACAGAGCGACAUUUAAUGGGUCGAAAGUGCCCCCGUUACUCCUGCUCGCAACCGCCACCGUCGGGAGUCGGUUCUCCAAGAUCCCACAGGCGCAUUCAUUGUCAACUGUCCUGGGAGACAUAUUGCGAAAAGCAAUCGAUAAUCUGUUAGACAACAACAUCGAUCAGACCAUUCAGAUCCCAUUCGCACAGUCUGCAGUCCUAAAUCAGAUUCAAACUGCCUACCACGGUUCAAAGCGGCUCACCCUGAAGGCUCAGUUUCAGAGAUCCAUGUUAGUAACGGUCUGUAGGGGGAUAAACUCAAAGGUCCGUCGUGAAGAUAUGCAUGCCAGUCUACCCAACGGUAACAGUCCGCACGAUCUCGUAGUUUCGAGGUGGGUUGAUAGGGAGCUCAACAGGAGACUUACGUAUGGUAUUUGGUUACUUGAUUGCCAAUUUAGCUUAAACGCCGGUGUUCAGACAAUGAUGAGUUUGGAAGACCUCGAGACAAGCUUACCCUGUCAAGAAGCAACAUGGGACUUAGACAUGGCAAGCCUCGCCGAGAAACUGAUGGAUCCAGAUGGCGGCCCGCGAACACUGCGACUAGAGGAUGCUUUGGACACAUCGAAGCUCGCGGCCAUUAUAGCAUUGCAGAAUCCUGGACUCUUCGCUCGAUCCAUUAUAAUGAUGGCUAUGUACUACCAAUGGCAAAUUGCAACCAGUGUGAACCGGUACAUACUCCAGGGGCCCGAUGAGCGCGAUGAGCCAGGCAGCAGCCUAGAUGCAGAAUUUAUGGGCGAUUCGCUCAUACCCAGUCGUCGUGCGAUUACCUCUGUACCGUUGGUUUCUGUAUUACAGCGCGCGCAAUGGAGGUCUGCGGCAUCGGAAGCUAUUGGAUGUAUCUGCAAGAACAUGGAUACUUGGCGCGAAAGUGAAUCUUCCCAGCUGUUGAAGCUGCACCGCCACAUCUCGAUCCUGGUUAAUGUGCCAUUGACUCCGCUGUGCGAUUAUGUUGGGUGGAUGAGCACAAAAGCCUGUAUGGCUGAGGCACGAGAGAGUCUUUGCUCCUGGAUACGGGCAGAUGUUCAGAAUGCCCGGCGGACGGUCAUGCACGCCAUCGCGCUCUUCUGCCUCAUUCGGAAAAGAAAGUUAGCAGGCCACAGUGAGAAUCAUCACCUUUUCCUCGCGUUCCUUGUUAUCUGGACCUUCUUCUCUUUAGACCCCCUUGCUCGGCCAGCGGAUGUGCCUUCGGAUGUCCCGGGGUGCACAGUGGACUGGGAUGGCCAAGUUGACUCGGAUGCACAUGAGAUGUGGAUCAGAGCCUCGGGUCAUCCGCCUCUUCGACUCGCGGGAGUGGGAGAUCUGGGGGAGGUAAGUAGCCUGCGCCGGAUUUUGGUAGAAACUCAUCGUGUACUCCUUUCGGACCAGAUGUGGGGGAUCAACCAACUUUUCGCUAAUGUCCUUGAAGGCCUCAUUAGCAGAGGAUCGGCCAUGAGUGUGGCAUGA